CUGUACUUACAGCUGAUAAAUAUUUCUGCUGAGUACCGGUCUGCUGCGUGUGUGGGUGUAGUCUCCUGGUACUAUAGCUUUAACUCAAGGCAGUUUGAUAACCAUAAAGUAAGGCUUAUUGAAAAUGCAGAGUGAGAAGCAGGAUCCAGUAAAUUACUAUAUUGGGAUUGAUGUUGGAACGGCAAGUGUUCGUGCGGCUUUGGUAGACCAAUCUGGGACGAUAGUGGCACAUGCGGAUCAGCCAAUCCAAAUUUGGGAACCCCAACCGGACCACUAUGAACAAUCCUCUGAUGACAUCUGGGCUGCUUGUUGCACAGUCACAAAGAAAGUCAUCCAACAAGUAGAUGUUGCCUGGAUUCGAGGGCUCGGUUUUGAUGCUACGUGUUCACUUGUUGUUGUGGAUAAGCAGUUUCAGCCCUUGGCAGUUAAUUAUGAAGGGGAAUGUAAACGAAAUAUCAUUAUGUGGAUGGACCAUCGUGCAGCCAGUCAAGUGGACAGAAUCAAUGGAACUCAACACAGUGUUUUGAGCUACGUUGGGGGAGUGAUGUCUGUAGAAAUGCAGCCGCCUAAAUUGCUGUGGAUGAAAGAAAACUUGAGAGACUCUUGCUGGGAAAAGGCAGGCUACUUCUUUGAUCUUCCAGAUUUCUUAUCAUGGAAAGCAACAGGUGUCACUGCAAGGUCUCUCUGUCCAUUGGUGUGCAAAUGGACAUAUUCCCCAGAGAAGGGCUGGGAUGAUAGUUUCUGGAAGAUGAUUGGUUUAGAAGAUUUGGUGGCAGAUAAGUAUGAAAAAAUAGGAAACCAAGUCCUGUCUCCUGGAGCUUCUGUUGGAAAUGGCCUAACGCCAGAGGCUGCAAAAGACCUCGGUCUUGCUGAAGGGACUGCAAUAGCAGCAUCUCUCAUUGACGCACAUGCUGGAGGACUAGGAGUGAUUGGAGCAGAUGUGAAAGGAUAUAACCUGCCCUGUGAAAAUCAACCAAUUAUGUCCCGGCUUGCUGUGAUCUGUGGAACAUCUUCCUGUCACAUGGGGAUAAGUGAUGCUCCCAUUUUUGUGCCUGGUGUUUGGGGUCCCUAUUACUCAGCCAUGGUGCCUGGAUUCUGGUUGAACGAGGGAGGCCAAAGUGCUACAGGAAAACUGAUAGAUCAUGUAGUCCGAGGCCACGUUGCCUUCCCAGAGUUACAAGCAAAAGCCGCAGCCAGUGCUCAAAAUAUAUAUACAUACUUGAACAGUCACCUGGAUCUGAUUAAGAAAUCUUUGCCUGUGGGUUUCCUCACUGUUGAUUUACACGUUUGGCCAGAUUUCCAUGGUAACCGAUCUCCCUUAGCAGAUCUGACACUGAAGGGCAUGGUUGUUGGACUGACAUUGUAUCAGGGCCUUGAUGAACUCGCUCUUAUCUACUUGGCCACAAUUCAAGCCAUUGCUUUGGGAACAAGACAUAUUUUGGAAACUAUGCAGUCUGCCGGGCAUCACAUCAGCACUCUGUUUCUGUGCGGUGGGCUGAGCAAGAAUCCCCUCUUUGUGCAGAUGCAUGCUGACAUUACCGGCAAGCCCAUUGUCCUGGCCAAAGAGGUGGAGUCUGUUUUAGUUGGUGCUGCUAUUCUUGGAGCUUGUGCUUCUGGAGAUUUUGCCUCAAUACAGGAGGCCAUGGAGAGAAUGGGAAAAAUCGGGAAAAUCGUGCUACCAAACCACAGGGAUAAAAGAUUUUAUGACAAGAAGUAUGAAGUGUUUUUGAAACUUGUUGAACAUCAGAGAGAGUAUAAAGCCAUCAUGCAAGGCGUAUAAUCAACAGUCAUAUAGUCUGGGAACUACAGGGAUCACAGAAUUUCCAGAGGUUUCCAAUUAAAAGUUCAUAGGAA